AUGGCUCUCCCAGACGUUGAGAUUGAGCCCUCCAAGGCUACCACCUACUUCACCCCCGCGCAGUGCCCGGCCGCAGGCACAGCCGCGAACCCGCAGACGAGCGGCAAUGCGAUCCCCAAGCUGUAUACGCCGCUCAAGGUGCGCGGCGUGACGUUCCAGAACAGACUUGGUCUCGCCCCCCUGUGCCAAUACUCCGCCGAAGACGGGCACAUGACCGACUACCACAUCGCACACCUGGGCGGGAUCGCACAGCGCGGCCCCGGACUCAUGAUGAUCGAAGCGACCUCCGUCUCCCCCGAAGGCCGGAUCACCCCGCAAGACGUCGGUCUCUGGAAGGACUCCCAGAUCGCGCCCAUGAAGCGCGUCAUCGACUUUGUGCACUCGCAGGGGCAGAAGAUCGGUGUGCAGAUUGCGCACGCGGGACGCAAGGCUUCCACCAUUGCGCCGUGGGCUAUGAACCUCGGUGUUGUUGCUACCGAGAAGGUCGGCGGGUGGCCCAACAAGGUGAUCGGUCCGAGCAAUGUGACUUUCCACGAGAGUUUCCCGACGCCGCGCGCGAUGAGCAAGGAGGAUAUCGAGGUGUUCAAGGGGCAGUGGCGCGAUGCGGUGAAGAGGGCGAUUGCCGCGGGUGCGGAUUUCAUUGAGAUUCAUAAUGCGCACGGAUACCUUCUGUCCUCGUUCUUGUCGCCAUCGGCGAACACCCGGACUGACGAAUAUGGUGGUUCGUUCGAGAACCGCAUCCGUCUCUCCCUGGAGAUUGCGCAGAUCACCCGCGACGCCGUUGGUGACAAUGUCCCCGUCUUCCUGCGCGUUUCAGCCACGGAUUGGAUCGAGGAGACGCUGCCCGCCGAGUCAUGGCGGUUGGAGGACAGUGUGCGCUUCGCCGAGGCGCUUGCUGCGCAGGGCGCUGUAGAUCUGAUUGAUGUUUCCUCUGGUGGUGUUCACGCUGCACAGAAGGUCAAGUCUGGUCCCGCCUUCCAGGCACCCUUCGCCGUGGCGAUCAAGAAGGCUGUUGGGGACAAGUUGCUCGUUGCUACCGUGGGUACGAUCACGAACGGCAAGCAGGCGAACCGGUUGCUCGAGGAAGACGGGUUGGAUGUCGCGCUUGUGGGACGUGGGUUCCAGAAGGACCCUGGGUUGGCGUGGACUUUUGCGCAGCAUUUGGAUGUGGAGAUUGCGAUGGCCAGUCAGAUUCGCUGGGGAUUUACAAGACGCGGUGGUACGCCUUAUAUCGAUCCCAGUGCGUACAAGGCGUCGAUUUUUGAAUAA